CCUGUGUAGUUACCCCGAUUAAGUAAAAGGACCGAAGAAAACAAAUGAUGCUACUUUUGAUCAAUGCUUUUCCGUUAACACUCACAACCUAAAGCGAUAACUUAACACUGACAUGUAGGUAAAUAGUAAAUAGACAGAACUAUACACCAUCUAAGCAGCACUCGUGUCCUCGAAAAAGGGGGCGUCAAAGCCAUGGCAACUGCACAGUCUGCUGUAACGCUUGCCGUGUGCAUCCUCUUGAUAACAGAGCUGAUACUUGCCCGGAAGGACUACUAUGAUAUAUUGGGAGUGCCUAAAGAUGCUACAGAGCGACAGAUAAAAAAGGCUUUCCACAAGCUCGCAAUGAAAUAUCACCCAGAUAAGAACAAGAGCCCGGACUCUGAAGUGAGAUUCAGGGAAAUUGCUGAAGCUUAUGAAACUUUAUCAGAUGAAACUAGAAGAAGAGAAUACGACCAGUUUGCUGACACCUCUGCAUACUUCACUGGGGGGAUGCAAGGAAAACAUAGACAGGGUGCCCACCAACCUUUCAGCUUCAACUUUGAUGACCUAUUCAAGGAUUUUGACAUCUACAGCCAGAACAGGCAUGCCCGUCACCGAAGACACUUUGAUGAACACUCCAGGUCCCACAAGGAGUCCCACAGCAGACAUAAGAGACACUUUCAAGGAGGUUUUGGAGCAGGUAUCUUUGAUGACAUGUAUGAUGACAUAGAAAGGAUGUUUACUUUUGACAGACACACCAAACAGGCUGAAAACAGGUUUCAUGGUGGGUCAAAACAACACUGUAGAACAGUGACACAGCGCAGAGGAAACAUGGUAACCACAUACACAGACUGCACUGCAUCUUAAGAUGCAAUAUAAAAUGACCUCUGCCUCAAAACUGCCUUAAGGGGAUACAAUACUAUUGUAUUGAUUAGGUAAUUUUAAGCCACUCGGUUCAAGUGCUGUGAAAUUUGAACCGUGACAUUGAGAUCUGACAUUCAGGCACAGAAUGACACAGUAAAGACUCAGUUUACUUAGCUACUUAGGUCUAAAUUCAAAUAAGCUAUGUUCUAUUCAAGCUAUUCCCUGUGUGUGCACAUGGACUUGUAUAUGAUUGUAGUAGUUUUUCACUUAUUGUUAGUAAGCUGAGAGGGAGUAUUUUGUCAGUAUUUUUAAGCACCUUCUUUGAUAAUGUAAUUUCUUAAGUGUACUGUUUGGAAAAAUAAAACAAUCAUACAGAAUUUGACACAGGAAUAUCUAUGUGUUAGUUCAUCACUAGUUCACUAUGUCCACCUUGUUCUUUUGUACAGUUUUUAGUUUCUUUUGUAUAGGUUUUGCCAUUGUGGGUCUCAAAACACAACUGAAGGUAGAAACAAUAGCAGCCAGUGGAGUUUUGCUUAUGGUUGUCAAAUGAGAGGCAAUGUCAACAAAAUUCUGAGACCCUCCACUUGUUGGCUUGUUUAACUGGUGUUGGUGAACUACACUACUUGUUGAAAUAUGUACUCUACGCUGUCAGUCACAUUUUUUGAAUGUCAUAUAUUUUAAAAUUUGUGGUUAAAUCUCCAUCCAUGCAAUUGUAAAGUAAUUGUAAAUACAUGUAAAGGAGAAAAUCCAAGUAGGAAAGAGCUAUAAGUAAGAAAUGCUUGUUACUCAGAUUUUAGUGGAGGUAGCCUAGAUUUACAGGGGUGGGCUGAACACAGAUGCCAUAGCUUUUCAAUUAAUACAAUUAAGAGUAUUUUUUUUAACUGUGUUUUGGUAUUUAAAUAGCUAGAUUGAGACCAUCUUUAGUACAAAAAAGUCAUAACAAUUUCUGAUUUCUGAAUCCCACAUUUACGAAUAUUUUCUAGGUGUAGAGUACUGAAUCGGAAAUUGACAAUUAUAAUGUUUGAAAUUUAACCAAAAAUCCUCAAAUAUAGGUAUUUAAAAAUUUGACUGGCAUUUCAGACAAACUACAAAAAAAGUUAUAUGUGUAAAAUAACUUGCAGAGGAAUUGAACUGAGUACAGUAUGUACUAGAGGUUUUAUGAUUACUAAUUUUACUAGUCACAAGGGUUUGUAUUUUUACUGCAUGCAUAUUUUUAAAAUGAAUGUGUAGUGUAAGAAUACUGCAGUACUAUAAUGCUAUAGUAGAGUUAUAAUGCUUAGUACAUACAGGUAUCACUGUUCAGCACAUUAUCUGAAUCUGGUGAUGGCUUCUGCCCACAGUGUUGACUAGUUGAUAAAACCCCUAGUACAGCCUAACAUAUUGUUACCUUACGUUUAAACUGGUCACAGUGACAUGCUCCUUUUACACUGUAGCGUGCAAUAUUUAUCUCCUGUAUUGAUAUUGUUGUAAAUAUUCAAUGGCACUUUCAAUUUUGUAUAAUUGGAAAAUGUGUUUUCAGAAAUAAAAGGGAGACCAAACUGAGCUUCCUUCUGUUUACUUUAGGGCUGUAAGGGUGAGAAUGGUGUGUUCAUUCACAUUUUGAAUAAGAGAAGCAAAAUAGGGCAUAUUCCAUCUUUAAUGAACAUUUUGUUGCAUUGUGAUAUAUUGUUAUGCUUCUAACACAACUGUGUGGUCAUGCGAAAGUAACUUAUGAGUGACAAUUAUAGACAGACCACAGUAUUGCUUGAGGCUUCCCGAAGAUUUCUUUGUUAAACUGAUGACAAACUGUACUGUACUGUUAGUAUACUAUAAGUUCCAAUAAAUUUAUUGAAACAAA